GGAAUGAACUGCACAGACCAAAUACAUUCGUCUUUGCGGCACCUAAGAAGCACAGAUUGGUCGUGUCUUCUCCGUCGUUAAACCCCACAACAUGGGAAAAACGGAAGAGGGACAAUUUUACAGGAAAAUCCAAAUCUUGAACUUACCAGUCUUCGCUGCCAUUUUUGUUCUGGUGCUGUCAAAUGGCGUAGUAACAAGAGCGGCCGUGGAACUGCUGAAGAACCCCGGGUUCGAGAACGGAGUGACGUUCUGGUCCCAUAUCGGGUUCAGCAUGGUCACCACAACGGAGCAGGUUCAUGGAGGACGAGUGGCCGUCAAGUGUACCGGCAGAACUCAAUCUUGGAUGGGCCCUGCACAGGACAUUCAGAUCUCCCGAGGCAAACAUUACGUAUUCACGUCUUACAUAAAGCUCAUCAAUGACCUUCCUGGGAGAAUGUUCCAGAAAGCCGUAGUGAAAAUCAGCUUUACUUUGAAAGACGGUUCCAAGGAUUACUUCCCUAUUUGCUCCCGAACCUUCCUGACCAAGGAUGACGGCUGGACCAUGGUGGGCGGUGACUUCAUACCUCCCAACUAUGAAUGGACUCAAGCAUCUCUGUACUUGGAAGGUCUUCUGCCGGGAACUGAUUACUACUUCGACGACGCCUCUCUCACUGAACUGCCCUCUAACCCGAACUGGGAGCAGGAAGCCAACGCAAGAAUUGAAAAUUUGAGGAAAAGCAACUUGAAUGUGAAAUCAACCACUUGAAGCCCUUGUUUGCCUGGGGCUCCGUGGCCGGACCUGACGAAUUCUUAAGCUCGGACUAUGCCCAGUUCCAGCAGUUGUACUACUACAUGUUCAACUGGGCCACGAUACAGGACUACAAAUGGCGAUUUAACAGGGGCAAUAGGACUAACCCAGACUACAGGGUAGCUGUAGCAGCCACCGAUGUCCUCAAUCGUAACGGAAUCAAAGUGCGAGGUCACUGCAUGUUCUGGGCUGUCCCAUUUAACAAUCCUGAGUGGGUCAAGGGAUUGGCCGCUCCAGAAUUCAAGACAACCGUGGAUGAUCGUAUUGCUUACAUGACGGCACAGACAAAGAACAAAUUGGCUCACUGGGACGUGAACAACGAGCUACUGCAUGGCUAUUUUUACGAGGAGCACUCAGGAAACCCUCUCUAUUCAGAGCACAUGUUCCGAGAGAUUCACGCAGCUGACCCAAACCCCACACUCUUCCUCAAUGAGUACAAUGUGGUGAAGAGCGGUGAAAUGACACAGAGCUAUUUGUCCCAGAUCCAGAAAUUCAAAGCGGCCAAUGUCGGCCUUGGCGGGGUCGGAGUACAAAGUCAUCUCAAUGAUUACGAGGAGCCCAACCCUGACAGCAUCAAUUACCGGCUUGAUGUAGUGGCUAAAGGAGGUCUGCCUAUUUUUGUAACCGAAUUAACUCUUGGUGCUCACGAUCCGAACGACAAAGCAGACUGCCCCGGCCGUCUUUGUCAACAGCUCAACGAGUCCGGCAAACGGUUCCUGAAGCUGACCAAGGAGACAUGGAGCACCCACGUGAAUCGGUCCCUGGCCUCUGGAACUUCCUUUAACCUGCGCGCUUUCCAAGGAGACUACGAGGCUGUGGUCUGGUACAAGGGCAAGCCGAUAAAGAGGACCACCUUCAGUUUGGGCACACAGGACAAAACAGUUUCUAUUUCUGUUUCUGGCAACGGCGAUGCGAUCCAGUUACCCAAGAAGAUAGACCCGUUCACCAUGAACGUCCAGAUCAACCCACAGACCACGCGGGCUAACCUGCGUACCCUGGGUCAGGCCAGCUCCACGUCACAGAACUCACAACUCACGUGCACCACGCGCAGGUCACCAGCCUCUGGUGUCGGCGUCGGUAAAACUACUCAAGUCACGUGUCAAGGAGAUGAGGUCCUCACCGGCUGUUCCAGUUGGCUCAAGGACAGCGACUGGCACCGUGAUGGGGAAGAAAUCCUUAUGUCCGGUGGAAAGCAGGCGUGUCGAGCAAUGAACGGAUACGGAUCUGCUGCAGGGGUUGAGGCCGUGGCUCGGUGCUGCAGUGCGCAGGGUCUGAGAUGUGAGUACCGCACGGCAGGACCCUCUGGUACUGGGAUGGACGACAAGGUGGAGGUGCCUUGUCAGGGGCAGGCAUAUGCCUUAGGCUGCUCCACGUUCACCUACACCACACACUCUGAUGGCACUAUCUUCACCAACACCUCGUGUAUGGGACAGAACGACAACCUUAGGAGCGGCGUGAAUUCCUACGCGGCGUGCUGCCAGAGUCCCAACCUUCAGUGUCGCACAGUGACCUCCGGGACGAGCGGCAAGAAGAUAUCGGAUCAGGUCGGGGUCACAUGUCCUAAGGGUUACGUCAUGACCGGAUGUAACGUCUUCGCACAGUAUGCAAAAGCUGCAGGCGCCUUUAUCAACACCAACGCUGCAGGCACAGAUACGUGUGUUGCUGUGAAUGGAGCCGAGAAGUUUGGACCCGAAACGGGGGUACAGGCGCAGGCCACCUGCUGUCGGACCUAGACUGAGAAGUACCGCUCUGGGCUGUUACUGAGGACUGCUGGAAACGCUAAUGCUAGGAAUCCCAUUUUUAUGACUUAAUUAUACUGUUUACAAAAGCUGGGAGUACAUAAUAUUUCUGUUUGCUCGUUUUUAGGUCUGUAGAUUACGCAUUCGAUAAAGAUUAUAAAACGUUCAUGCAGAGUAAUUGUCUCAAGGUCAAAAUGAUUGAAUUGAUUGCCUGGAGGCACUAUUUUCGACGAAUUGCAAUAUCUGUACAUUUUGUAAUCACAAUACAAGGUUAAUCUUUCUCUUAUU